CUGUGUACCUAAAUUCAAAACAUUUGCUUAUACGGAAAUCUGUUUGACAAUUUUUUUUUUAUAUAAAUUGCGAAUGUAAAAUUCGUCAUCAUCAUCAUUAUUAAAUGGCACAGCCAAAUAAACAAUCAACAGAAUCAUUGAACAAGAUUCAAUCGGAUUCAUUAUUGUUAAAUCAAACAAAUUUAGCCUGGUCACAACCAUCUGGAUUUAUGUUAGCAUCACCGGCUGCACCUGUUUUACAACCACCACCAACAACAACAACGAUGGCCAUAUCGAAUGAUGAUCAAUCAUCAACUACACAUCAGCUUAGCGUUGAUCAAACACAGGUAAAUGUACCUGCUACUACGGAAGCAACAGCUGCUGCUGAAUCGCCAUUGGAAUCAUAUUUUAAAUCGGAAAUAUUACCACCAGAACCACCUGAAUCAUCAAAUCCAUCACCGGAAUUAGCAACAACACCUGAACCAGAAACAUAUAAAGAAGUUGAUCAUCAUUGGUUUUAUCAAAAAGAUCCGGAAAAUAAUCCCGAUGAUUGGCAAGCAUUUUCAAUGUUAGAUAGUUAUCAAUUGGAAAAUGCAUUUCGUCAAUGUCGUAUGGAUGAUCUUAUACCAACAAAUGGUACACGUUAUGAUGUUCGUUUACGUGAUCGUUUACGUUGGCCAGUUUAUUGGCAAGGAUCAUCCAGUAUGGUUUCACGUUGUUCAUGGUUUUAUAAACGUGAAACUGAUUAUCGUUAUGUACCAUAUUCGGAAUAUAUUGCCGAAUUGUUAGAAUCUACAUAUCGAGAUUGUUCAUUAACACAUCAAUGGAAUCGUCGUUUAGAUUUAAGCGAAACAGAAUUUGUUGUAUUUUAUGCACAUAAUUCUGUUUAUCAUUAUUUUAAUGAUCCAGUUCAAUCAUCACCAUCUACUGGUUGGCAAAAUCUAAUGACAUCCGAUCCUGGUUCACAACCACGUUAUUGUUAUCGUGGACCAUGGUUAAUUCAAACACAACCAGAACGUGAUGAAUCGGCUACAUCUGUAACACAUUUAAUAUUUUUUGUACAUGGUAUUGGUGAAUUUUGUGAUUUAAGUUUUCGACCAUUAAAAGAUGUUGUUGAUGAUUUUCGUUUAAUAACACAUGAAUUACUAUUAACACAUUAUGGUCAUGAACAAGGUCGUGUUGAAGUAUUACCUGUUACAUGGCAUCAAGCAUUACAUACAAAAUCAUUGGAUGAACGUUUACGUGAAAUAACAUUACCAUCUAUACAAAAAUUACGUUCAUUCACUAAUGAUACAAUAUUGGAUGCAUUAUUCUAUACAUCAUCUGUACAUUCAAAAUUAUUAUUAAAUUAUGUUUGUAAUGAACUUAAUCGUUUAUUUGGAAUAUUCUUGCAACGAAAUCCAUAUUUUGGUGGCCGUAUUGGUUUGGCUGGACAUUCACUUGGUUCAUUAAUUCUGUUUGAUUUAUUAUCAUAUCAAACAGCAACAUUAAAUACAACAUCAGCUAAUAAUGAGCAACAACAACAACAACAAUCGAAUAAUAAUCAAAUUGAACAGCUACAUUUUCGUCCAGAAUGUUUGUUUGCAUUAGGUUCACCAUUAUCAGCAUUCAUUACAAUACGUGGCCUUGAUCUGGCACCAGAUUUUCGUCUGCCAACAUGUCCCGGUUUUUUCAAUAUAUUUCAUCCAUAUGAUCCGAUUGCCUAUCGUUUAGAACCAUUAAUUAAUCGUGAAUUUGCUAAAAUUAAACCGGUAUUAGUUCCACAUCAUAAAGGCCGUAAACGUAUACAUUUAGAGCUAAAAGAUUCAUUACAACGUGUUGGUAGUGAUUUGAAACAAAAAUUUAUGACCGGUAUUCGUGGAGCAAUAGAUUCAUUGUAUGGUUUUGCUAGAGCACAUGUUGAAGAACCUACUGCCGAAAUGCAACAACAACAACAACAACAACAGGAACAAUUACAACCUGGACAACAACAACAACAGGAAAUUGUUAAUCAAGAACCAACAACAACAUUAUCAUCAUCAACAUCGAUAACAAAUUCAUUAUCCGAAUUAGCAAUCAAAUCAGAUAUGAAUGAAUCAGAAUUGAAUAGGAUAUUAUCAUUAGAUUUUGGACAAUUGAAUCGUGGUCGUCGUUUAGAUUAUGUACUACAGGAAAGACCAUUCGAAAUUGUUAAUGAAUAUGUAUUUGCUAUUACAUCACAUGGUUAUUAUUGGUUUUCCGAAGAUACAGCAUUAUUAAUGUUACGGGAAUUAUUUGGUGGCCAACAACAACAACAACAACCAAGUGAUAAUCAAACAAACAUUAGUUGAAUGAAA